ACGCUGAGAGAACUACAUGUAGGAGGCGGGGUCCAGGGCGAAGAAUUUACACGGCUCGUAGUGGCGAAGGCGGCUUUGGUGGCAGCAUGAAGCGCACCCCGACCGCCGAGGAACGAGAGCGCGAAGCCAAGAAACUGAGGCUUCUUGAGGAGCUUGAAGACACUUGGCUUCCUUAUCUGACCCCCAAAGAUGAUGAGUUCUAUCAGCAGUGGCAGCUGAAAUACCCUAAACUGAUUCUCCGAGAAGCCGGUGGUGUGCCCGAGGACAUCCAUAAGGAGGUCCAGGAAGCCUUUCUCACCUUGCACAAGCACGGCUGCUUAUUUCGGGAUCUGGUUAGGAUCCAAGGCAAAGAUUUGCUCACUCCGGUGUCUCGCAUCCUCAUUGGUAAUCCAGGCCACACAUACAAGUACCUGAACACCAGACUCUUUACGGUACCCUGGCCAGUGAAAGGCUCCAAUGUAAAAUACAGUGAGGCCGAAAUAGCCGCUGCUUGUCAGACCUUCCUCAAGCUCAAUGACUACCUGCAGAUAGAAACUGUCCAGGCUUUGGAAGAACUGGCUUCCAAAGAGAAGGAGGAUGAGGACGCCGUGCCAGUGUGUGUGUCUGGAGAUUUCCCCAGGGUUGGCAUGGGGUCAUCCUAUGACCAAGAUGAAGUGGACUUGAAGAGCAGAGCAGCGUACAACGUAACUUUGCUGAACUUCAUGGAUCCUCAGAAAAUGCCACACCUGAAAGAGGAGCCUUAUUUUGGCAUGGGGAAAAUGGCGGUGAGCUGGCAUCACGAUGAGAAUCUGGUGGAACGGUCAGCAGUGGCAGUGUACAGUUACAGCUGUGAAGAUGAUCUCAAUGCCACCCACCAACACUGUGUUUUGGCUGGUUCACAACCUCGGUUUAGCUCCACCCACCGAGUGGCAGAGUGCUCGGCUGGAACCUUGGAUUACAUCUUACAGCGUUGCCAGGCGGCUCUGCAGAAUGUCCAAGGCGAGGUGGACAAUGGUGAUGUCUCUUUGAAAUCCUUUGAGCCUGCAGUUUUGAAACAAGGAGAAGAAAUUCACAAUGAGGUCGAGUUUGAGUGGCUGAGACAGUUUUGGUUUCAAGGCAAUCGAUACAAAAAGUGCACCGAUUGGUGGUGUCAGCCCAUGACUGAGCUGGAGGAACUGUGGAAGAAGAUGGAAGGUGUGACAAAUGCUGUGCUUCAUGAAGUUAAAAGAGAGGGGCUCCCUGUGGAACAAAGGAAUGAAAUCUUGACCGCCAUCCUUCCCUUGCUCACCACACGCCAGAACCUGAGGAGGGAGUGGCACGCCAGGUGCCAGUGUCGGAUUGCCCGAACUUUGCCCGUAGAUCAGAAGCCAGAAUGUCGGCCCUACUGGGAGAAGGAUGAUCCUUUGAUGCCUCUGCCAUUCGAUCUCACAGACAUCAUUUCAGAACUCAGAGGUCAGCUUUUAGAAGCAAAACCGUAGAAGGAGCACAGGUCUGAGGUGGAGGAGAAGAAUCUACCGUUGGCUUUUCUUCUUCAACCUUGUCGCGGGCUUGGGCAAGUGUAGACUUCUCUUGGAUCUUAGAUCGCAGCACCUGGGUCCCAGUGGUAAACAGCUAGGGAAGGGAGCCCAGGAAUUUUUAAGUGUUUAAAAUGACACAGUGUUGUAGUCUGAUUUGGUAUAAAACAAGAAUUCGCCCCCCCCCAAAAAAAAAAAAACCUUUUCCACUUGGAUUUUUUUUUUUUUUUUCUGUGAGCCAGUCAGCCACCAAGGGCCAAGGAAGGUGACAGAGAUGAGCCCAGCGUGUGACAAAACGUGACCUACUUUCCUCUUUCCCAAGCCUUUUUGGAGACUCUAGAGUGGACUCAGUCAUCUGAGGAGAGACAGGCCUUAGAGACAUCUGUCCCAGUUCCUCACUGUGCUGUGCAGCCUUGGCCACUACCCAGCUGUGGCUACUUAAAUUUAAAUUCUGUUUUAAUUUUAAUUAAAAAUUCAGUUCCUCAGUUGUCCUAGCCAUGUUUCGAGCGCUUAACAGCCACGUGUGGCUAGUGAUGACUGUAUCGGACAGCACAGAUCUACAACAUUUUCAUGAUUAUAGAAAGUCCUGUUGGACAAAGCUUCUAUAAAGAGUUUGAAAUCAGAAAUUCUUUUUUAAUUUUUUUUUAAGUUACGCAGCCUUGACUUGAAACCCAUCUUUUCCAAUUCUCUCUACCUUCUAUCCCCACAGGAAAGAGAGACUAAAAGAGAAAUGACUUAGGGAGAAUAGCCCUUUCCCUUCACUGAGGUAAACCUAAGUGAAAGCCCAGGGCUGAGUCCCAGGCACUGCACACAGGGGUAAGGUGGUAACAGUUAAAAUAAGUUGGUAUCCUGUCUUUAGGAGGUUUCCCUAAUCUAAUGAAAAAGCUACAGCCCCAUUUACGUUGCUCCAUGGAUUUAACUGGCAUAGUAUAGUUUUUUUCUCUAAGUGCCCCCUUCACAUGUAAUGACAGGUUGAAUGGAGGCUUCCAGAAUCCCUGUGCCCAUCCUGUGGCCUUGGGGUGUCAGACAAGGUAGAUUAGAGAUCAAAACCUGGGCUCUGGUUUCAGAGCACCUGGGUGAAGACUCCCACUAGCUUUUGUGACCUUUGGCAUGUUAUUUUCCUCAGUUUCCUCAUCUGUGUAAUGGGGAUAUAUUAAAGGAACCCACGUCCAAGGUGAAUGUGAGGUAAUCGAGGGCAGAUUUAGAGCACUCUCUGGCAGGUGGUUAAAUACCCAGUGAAUAUUAGUAGUGUUGUGUGUCAGUACACUGACCUGAUGCCAGCGUCUCUUCUCCUUCUCUCAGUCCUUGUGCCAGUUUUGUCCCCCGAUGGCGUUAACACCCUCUUUCUAGCCUGGUGCAAGCUCCUUGGUGUCCCCAGAAAUCGUGAGGACAGUUGGCCCCUCUCCCCAGCCUGUUGCCUUCUCCUAUAGUUCACAGUAGUCUAGAAGCUGAAGAACUUUUUCCCAUUGAGGGGUGUGCUGAGAACAAACUCGUUCCUGCCUCUCAGUCUCAGAGGGUCAAGGUAUGUGUCACCACCACGGACUAAACAGCCACAGAAAAGUCACAUUAAGCAAAGCAGCCAGGGUCUCAUCAUGUUGAGGCUCAAGUUCCCUCAGACCACAGGGUUGUUACAGGGAUUCAGUGAGAUGAUAGAGGCGAGGAGGGUGUGGCAGGCAGAGAUCACAGAUUGGUGCACCUUCAGGCCACCAGCCCAGUGUCGUAUUUAGUCCCCAGGCUGUUUGUUCUUCACUGUAUUUCAUUACGUGCCAAUAUUUAAAACUGGGAGAUUUCACAUAAAAUAAAAAUGUCUGCUUUC